AUGUCAACUUUAGACGUACACAACAGGUCCGGGGAUGUCCUGCACGAAAAGGAAUUAGCCGACGCAUUCACCGAUGUUGAGGUGAAUGGUCCAGUCAUUCAUCAGUGCGUCGUUGCCUACCUUGCCAAUCAGCGGCAAGGUGAUGCAUCAACAAAGACCCGGAGUGAAGUGAAAGGCAGUGGAAAAAAACUCCACCGCCAAAAAGGAACUGGUAGAGCCCGCGUCGGAGAUGCGAAAUCCCCGAUUCGAGUUCACGGUGGUGUAGCGUUCGGACCGAAACCGCGGAGUUAUCGGCAGUACACCCCGAAACAAGUCCGACGACUUGGCUUACAUAGCGCACUGGCAGACAGGUUCCAGAAUAAGCAGUGCAUUCUCCUUGAAGAUUUCACGCUCAAACAACCGCGCACCAAAGACAUCCUCAACAUGUUAAAAGCACUGAACGCUGAUGGAAAGGUGCUACUCAUUCUUGAUGAACAUAGCCCAAAUAUACACCUCUCCGUGAGGAAUAUUCCAAAAGUUCACAGCUGCACAUGGAAUACGCUCAAUGUCUAUCAAGUCAUGUGGCACGACACGUUGAUAAUCACCGAGAACGCCGCUAAGAAACUCGAAGCCAAGUUCAUAAACACCGGUUCAGAAGUGGAAGGACAAGACUGA